GGGAAGCCAACAAAUAUGUUCCUAUAUGCAUAGGCUCAUAAUUCAACAUUGAACUUAACCUAAAAGCAUAUGAUAUAUGUAUAAUGUAUAACACAGUCUAGAAAUUUUAACGUUAUUUUUGCAUUAAUAUUAAAUUUUUAUUGUGAUCAUAAUGUCUCUUGUUCGUAGAGGACAGCAUUGGGGUACGUUUGCACGUAUUUGGCACAUCUUUGAUGCAACUUGGCAAGAUCCUUUUAAAAGUGCCCAUUGGAUAAAACAGUAUCUCAUGGGACUAUAUAAACCCAUAUAUCAUCCAACUAAUGAUUGUGGUGACCAUGUAAUAGUUGUAAAUAGUAAGGACAUUGCAUUACGUGGAGAUGAGUGGCAAAAACGUGUCUAUUAUCAUCAUACUGGGUAUAUUGGAGGUGCAACCUGGACAUUAGCAUGGGAAUUACAUAGUAAAGAUCCCACCAUGAUAUUAAAGAAAGCAGUUUAUUCUUCAAUGACUGGAAAUUUGCAAAGAAGACACACUAUGCAAAGGCUACAUAUUUUCCCUGAUGAAAAUGUACCUGAAGAUAUGCUAAAAAAUGUCACUAAUCAGAUCAAACAAUUAAAACCAGUUCCAAUUAGAUUACAUGAAAUUUUACCAGAAGAAAAAGAAAAGAUUCCACAACUUAUAAAAUAUCCAGUUGAUUAUCAACUUCAAUGAAACAAUAAUUGUAAAUAGAUCAUUACAUUAAUUAUUUUCCCAUUUGUAAUUUGUAUCAUAUAAGUAGUAAUAAAACGAAA